AUGGCAGUACCAUGCAGAUGUGGAGGUCGGAUUACUCUUCGAGAGAGACCUCGAAAAGGAAUUCCGCUUGGUGUUUUAUCCCUUCGCAACGAACGGGCAAGCAGAGAACCUAGGCACCGUCUUUGGUUUUCUAUAGCAGGACAAAGAGGCACAGGGAGGAACACACUGGCCACUCGUUUUAAUGCAAUGAACGGAGACGAGUUCAUGCCAGGUGAUGUUGUUGUUCAGAAUGAAUACCUAUUCUCCAUCGAUUUGAGUACUCGUCCGGUACUAAAUGAGACUGGACUUGUUCAUGUCGGAAUUUUAAUCGAUCCUCCGCCAUUGGAAAGUGAAUUCGAACAACGCCCUUCUGGAAGUAUCCGAGCAUUUAUUUUUCUGUUCGAUGUAAGCGAUUAUGAAACAAUAGAUGAAGCUAAUGUUUUGUUUGAUGAAUUGGAAAGAGAUGCAGGUGAAAAUAUAUUCCCAUUCAUAUUUGUGGGCAAUAAAAGUGAUCGUAGAGAAAGUCCAGAUGAAUUCCCAGUAUGUAUACCGUAUUCGUAUGCCGAGACUUUUGCAAGGGCUUUCGGCGCACUCGGGUACUAUGAAUGCUCUGCUUUAAGGAAUACUGGCGUUGGGCCAAUAUUAGAUAUGAUCCUUCGAUUAAUAACUAGGUGA